AUGAACCCGUACGACUGGAUUUUGCUGCUCAAUUUGUUGAUCAAGGAUGAACAAAAGUAUGAACCCAUUGUUUCUCAUCUCAAGCGAAUGUUAGUUUCGUACAUUCAAGAGGUUGGAAAAAAGGACAUUGAGAUUACCUCUGCUUUCAGACAGAAGCCAGUUGUAUUCCCCAAGGUAGCUCUAGAAGAUUUUGAUCAAAUGAAGCUGGGGAAAAUACGAAAUAAAGGUUGGUGCAUGGCGCUUCAAAUCAAAGAGCGUACAUAUGUUGAUUUCCAUAAAGUUUGUUUCUAUCUUGCUGACAAGCAUCUUUACACCACUUAUUGCCUGCAAUAUAUUUUGGAGUUUAUAGAUAAAUGCAAAGCGAAUCUUAAAGGGGAUAAUAAGUGUUUCUAUUAUUUGAUUCUUUGGUAUAUCCAGGUUCACAAGGCCUUGCUGAGCAUUGUUCCGAAGCUUUUUGAAGUUCAGAGGCAUACUCAACCAUGA